AUGGGUCGACUACUGUGGAUUCUGGCUUUAUUUUUGGUUUUUACAGAAAUCGUUGAUGCGAAGAGGAUCAAGGCUUAUGACCGCUACAAAGCCGUCUACAACGAAACCACUUGGGAUGAUGAGGUGCAGCCGGUUCUGGAGCAGCUCGUCAGGGAGCAUCGCAAAAACUCUCGCGAGAACGCUGAUGACGAUAUGCUGAAGGAAGCUGAUCCGGAAGUGAUUCAGCCGGUGAAAAACGGGCCUCAAAUUAUCCAGGCGGGAACGGAUGAGCAGACGGAGAAGAUUGUGCCCCAAAUGCCGCUCGCCAGGAUCACGAUCAAGAAAAUUGCGGUGCCGACGAGUACAACUACGGCUCAGCCGGUCCGAGCAAUCCGGAGGAGGCUGAAGAAGAUGAGGAAGGGGAAGAAGCCAGCGAAUACGGAUUUCAGGCUGAAGAGGAAGACCAAACUUCACAAAAAGAAGCUGGCCGCCGACAAGCUUCGUCGGCUUAACAAGCGCCGCCCGGUUGCCAAGGCCGCAAAAAUCACGCGCAUCGAGGAUUUGCCAUUAGUGCGCCCUGGAGAUAUGGUCACCGGGGUCGAGAGAAAUUCUGAGCACCAGCUUGACAUCAUCAGCACCAGGACUACCACCACUGAGUUGCCCAUCAAGUUUGAUGCCCGGGAUUUUGAUGCGACAGUCACCCUCAAGCCAGAAACGAUUUCCGGAGACCUAACGGCAUCAGAAAUCGACAGCAUCAUCGGCGAAACCAUCCUCCGACAGCCCGACUCCGAGUUUUCGCAGAACCUGGCGCGCAGCGUACACACCCAGCCUUAUGCCCUCGGCAAAACCGAAUUUCGCCCGAAAAUCGCGCCCGUGACGAGGACGGCGGAGAUCGGGAAACCGUGGGCUGAUGUGGUCCGCAUCGACGAAUCGGAGCAUCACGUACUCGCCAAAUCCGUCCCGAUCCCCAGCAAAACCAUCCAACAAUUGAGCGUGGAAAAUGAGGAAAUCCUGAAGAACAUCGAAAAUCUCCUCGUCCCACGGCCUACGGCCCCAAACAAGGAGCUCCUCCUUCCCGCCGAGAUCCCGAUCAGCGAGGUUCCGCUCGAUGCCGGCGCGCUGGCCGAGGGAAAAAUUGUGUUCGAAUCGGAAAAAGCGUCCAGCGUUGGUCCGCUGCCCCUCUACGUCCAAGCGGCCACAAAGCAUAAC